AUGGGACCUUUCCCCGAUCCGCCGCCAAAGGUGCCGGAUGUCCCUCCGCCGUGGUCCACCCCCACGACGCCGCCUGUUCAGCCUACCCCUACUGCAAGGGCACCGUCUCCACAACGGAGACCAGAUCCUGUCGGCGCCAGCGCCUGGUCAACGUAUCAGCCAAAUGUGGCAGCAGCGCCGUUCGAGCCGCGUCUGGGAAGGUCGCAGUCUUAUGCAGACCGAGGCAAUUUCGCCCGUCGUGAGGCCUCAGUGCCGGCCACAUUUAGACACAUCCCUUGUCAUUUGGAGGAAGCCGUGAGUGAAAUGCUUCCCGAUUUGAAAUAUCCAAGACACGAUGGAACCUGGGAUGGCCUUUUCGUGGACUGCACCUUCGGAAGAGGGGGACACACCCGCAAGAUCUUGGAACGGUUGUCGCCUUCUGCGAAGCUGAUCGCCUUUGAUGUAGAUCCGGAGGCAGUCAAAGAAGCCCGCAAGCUUGAGCAGCAGGAUCCAAGAUUUCACAUAGCGCACCGCCCUUUUUCGGAGCUGCGCCAGGAACUUGCGGGCCGCCAGAUUGAUGGGAUCAUGAUGGAUCUCGGCGUGUCAAGCCCGCAGCUUGACGACCGAGCCCGCGGAUUCAGUGUUACCCAGGAUGCCGACUUGGACCUCCGGAUGAACCAGGACGUGGGAAUCCCGGCCUGGCAAUGGCUCAGGCAGACAUCCAUGGAGGAGAUCGCAUGGGUCAUCCGCGAAUAUGGUGAAGACGGCGAUCCCAUCAUUAGCGAUCGGAUUGCCUAUGCCAUCAAAACAAGGCUCGCUAGUGGACUGGAAGUGCGGACAACAAGGCACCUCGCUGAUCUGGUUCGCAAGGUCAAGAAUAACUGGGAUGACCGCGGCCAGCAUCCGGCGAAGCUGACUUUCCAGGCUAUCCGCGUUCACCUGAAUCAGGAGAUGCAGCAGCUUGAUGAGGUGCUCAGUGCAGCCAUGGAGAGUUUGGUUGAUGGCGGCAAGUGCGCCAUCAUAGUCUUCAAGAAGAAGGAGACCGAUGCUGUCGUAUCCUUCGUGCGGCAUCAUGAAGAGCCCUACCAAACGAAUGGCUAUUUGGAUGGCUUGAGUAGGUCCCGAAUGCUGGAGCUUUUCCCCGGCAUGGCAAGCGACAAAAAGUGGUGCGUGGAAAUCACGCGAGACGCUAUGAAGCCGCGUGAGGUAGAUCGUCAGGAGAAUCCACGCACAAGGUCUGCAGUGGUUCUUACCCUCCGGAAGCGAACCAGGGUCUGUAUCCAAAUCGAAGGCGUCUCGACUCGUCCAAACUCUGAGCGAUUCAAGAAGCCUACGCAAAAGCCAAUCUUUGCAGGGACCGACAGCUAUGUCAGCAACGGCGUAGGGCACUCUCCCAAGGAAGAUGUGCCGCCACCGACCGGCGACUGGCUUCAACCCGAGCAAGGCUCCCGUACUCCGCCUGCCGCAAAAGCAUCAGCCUUCCCUCCCGCUCGCUCUGCAGGUCACGAGGCCGGCGUCAAUGGCACAAGAGUCUCCACCUUUCCAGGACCAGCAGCUGCGGCGCCCUGUGGCAGCGAGCCAAGGAAUGUCGCUGAAAGGCCACCAAGCAAGUUCCCACCAGUGGCGAGUGUCACUCAAGCGCAGGCAAACGGAACUUCAGGUCUUCCGCAGGCAAAUGGGACACCUCCAGUGCAGCCAGUGGAGCCAGUGCAGCAGGCCAACGGCAUAGGCCCUGAGGCGCCAACCACACCUGCGCCAGAACCAGCGCCUGCACCCGCACCAGGGUCUUGGGUUGCACCUGCGCAAACGUCUUCUCCAACACCCGCGCCUGCUCCAGCACCUGCACCUGCACCGGCGCCUGCACCAUGGGUUGUAUCGACACCUGCGCCUGUGCCAGCGGCUGUGCCUGCACCAGCACCAGCGGCACCUGCCCCAGCACCUGCUCCUGCCCCAAUGCCAUGGGUUGCGUCCGCAACCGCACCGGCACCUGCGCCUGCACCAACCCCUGCACCUGUGGCGCCUGCGCAGACACCUGCACCCGGGCCAGCACAUGCAGCACCGGCGCCUGCUCCUGCACCAGCACCUGCACCGGCAGCAGCACCCGUAACAACAUCAGUGCCGACCCCUGCACCAGCGCCAGCUGCGACUGCAGCACCGCCUGCACCAGCGCCAGCGCCAUCGCCGGCACCAGCUCCAGCACCUGCACAAGCGCCAGCAAAGAGCACAUCUGACGCUGACGCCAAGGCGAACAUGCCGCAGAAGCCCAGCGAGGAGCCUGCAGCUCCGAGAGCAGGGUCAGCGCCUUCGCGAGCGCCAGACGUGCCGCGUGCAGAGGAUUCUGAAGCAAACCGACCUCCUCCAGACUUGAAGGAGCUGAAAGUAAGGUUCAUGGACGGCUCGAGCCUGCCAGUGCAGAGCCUUGCGGAAUGCCGCGUCCUGGAAGAUUUGGCUCCGGAUGAGAUCUCUUGCAGGAAAGGAGCUACACUCUGCAUUCUCCGGGCAGAUGAGAAAGAAUAUCCCUGGGCCUACGGGCUGGAGCCGAGAGGCCGGCUGACUGGCUGGUUCCGGUUGAGCAAGGUCCAGAAGUUCACGGACUGCUGA